AUGCCGAACGGAUUCGCGACGGGAACGCCUGUGGAGGUGGACGAGCACGCUACCGACCUGUGGCUUGAGUUCGCGGACAACUGCGUCGAGUGCGAGCUGUGCAACGAGCCAUACGACGACGACGACGGCGACGAAGGCCACAUCCCGCGGCUCUUGACCUGCGGCCACACCUACUGCCAGAGCUGCUUAGACGGCUGGGCGACCCACACAGGCUCUCAGACCGGAGAACUGGAGUGCCCUACCUGUCGUAGAGUGACGCGGUUUGAAGGGUCUGCGGGUGCACGUGCCCUACCCAAGAACUACGAGCUGGUGCGUGCCCGUCAGGAGAUGGAGGCUCAGACUCAGAACCAACUGCGCAAGCUUAAGGAGAUGUGGACGAACCAAGUGAAGGAGAAGGAGCAACUAGCGAGAGAAGCCGAGGAACACGCCCGCACAGCGCAAAGAGAGAGUGUACAAGCGUCACAGAAGGCCAUGUUCCUGGCCAAACAGGUAGAGAUCAACGAGCAGGAGAAGAGACGUGCCCAGGAAUUGGCUGAGGAGGCCAGACACCGCGCUUUGGUGGCGUCUCAACAGGCCGAAGCGCUUCAAGCUGAGACGGAGAAUCUUAAGCGUCAAUUGCAGGAUGAUGCGGCACAGCUCGCGCGCGUGCAGCAUGAUGCUUCGAGUGCUGCGGCAGUGGCUAAAGAGCUUCACUCCAAGGCGGAGCAGCUCCAGCAGCAGGUGGACUGUGUUCGUGCUCAGUUGUCCCUACAUGCUGGACGACACGACCCCAGUAAGCUGGUAGUGCUGGUGUGUGAACCUACGACGGUAGGCUCGUGGUUGCUGCCCUACACGAGAUACGCCGUGAUCAGUAUUGCCAGUGACACGACGAAAGGUGCACAGGCGAUCGACCCGUACCAGGCUGCCAAGACGUGGACGCGCUUGCGUCAAGUGGAAGAACCAAGCUCGUCGGUGAAGGUGUACCGCCGAUACAGCGACUUUGUGUGGCUGCAGCGUGAAUUACAGCGUCAAUUCCCGUUUGAGUUGGUGCCCUGUGUCCCUGGCAAGCAGCUCUUCUUUAACAAGGAGAAGGAGUUUGUGGGAGAACGUAUGCGUCUGUUGCAAGCGUUCCUGCGUGGAGUGUUACGCCAGCCGCUGCUUGCAGUGACGGAAGAGGUGCGUGCGUUCUUGCUGUCUACCACGGAAGAGCUUGAGAGUCUUCGACGCGCCACGUCGAGUUAUUAUAGCAGCGUGGAGGACGAUGAAAUGCGUUCAGUGGAUGAAGACUCGCCUAACGAUGAAGUGGAGUCUCGGAACUCGUCUCCUCCUGUUUCUGCGUCGAAAGACUCCACGUUGAGCAAACGAAGCAGCAGCUGGAGUGCGUGGGGUGCCGUGUCGGCCAUUACAUCGAGUGCUGCGAAGCUGGUCACCACAACCGGCACAGCGCUAACUGGAAUUGGCUCUAAGACUGGAACUGCAGGCCUUCCAGAGGACCCUGACGUGGAAUUGUCGAGUAGUUUCUUUGAGACAGAAGGAAAGGAUGCAGCGACUCGGGAGUGUAUCGAGCGCCGACGCAAAUACAUCGACGUGGCGAGAUCGUACCAGUCGACAGCGCAGAAAGGAGGUCAAUUGUCUCGCGCUGCACGUCUGCAGUCUCAUCAUCUGCAUCGCAUGUGUGAAUUGCUCCACGAUAUGAACAAACUGGACCAAGACCACGUAAGGCGUCGUCGUCAGAGACUUGCAGCUUCGGAGGAUAUAAAGUCACUUCAAGACGAUGAAGACGACGACAUGGAGACGCGCGCCUUUGACGAACGAGCGUCUGAUGUGUUUAGUGCUAUCUCGCUGAAUACCAAGAACGAUGCAGACUGUAUGGAAUACGCACUACUGGAGGUCGUGAGGAUGCAGACACUGGAGCUAGGAGGCGUCGAGGAUGCCUUUAAGCGUGUGCGUCGUCGCGAGGAGGCGCUGCAGGCGCAGCAAGAGUUGAAUUCAUCUGCCAAUGGCUCGAUGGGUGACGGUGCUGCACUCUCUGCGUUGGCUCUGAAACGCGAGGAGUUGGCUACGCACAGGCGUGAGUUGAAUGAUAAAGUGGCAGCGUUGGAUCCAGGUCGCUCGCAGUUCGUGCUGCAAGUUCUUCGCAAGAACACGAGUGAGAUGCACAAGCUGGCGAAAACAAAGCGUAAACUCUUCCAGGCCUCGCAGCAGCAACUUCUCGGCGUGCAGCGCUAG